GCCUGCGAGAGCGUGUUAGCCCACUGCUAGGACCGCUUUCGGCCGGUUAGCGCGGAAGAUACUUCUACGGACAGCGACAGCCAUGCUUCGACUUGUUGGAUGUAUGCUGACAUUGGUUGCUGGUGCAUCGGCCGCCAAGAUUCUUAUCAUCGCUCCAACACCGUCCUUCAGUCAUCAGCUGCCAUUCCACAUAUUGUCCAAAGCGCUGCUUCAAAGGGACCAUGUUAUUACCUUCAUUACCACCGACCCAAUGGAGAUACACCAUGAGAACUUCACUCAGAUUGAUGUUUCCGUCUCAUAUGUCUUCAACCGGAAGACAUAUAAUUUCGUCAAGAUGUAUGAGGAUCCACCAACAGUCUCAGUCCAAAUGCUGACCGAAACCGCCAAUGCCCACAGUGAGCGGCAGUUAAGUGAAGCCGCAGUUCAGCAACUGAUAAGAUCUGGCGAGAAGUUCGACUUGGUGGUGGUGGAGCGCCUGGGCUACUUCGCCUACUUUGGUCUGGUGCACGAGGUGGGGUCCCCACCGCUGGUCGGGGUGCUGACCCUGUCGCCGCCGCUGUCGGUGUACCACAGCCACGGCAACCCCGCCAACCCGUCCUACAUGCCCGACAUGUGGCUCGGCUUCUCCGACCACAUGGACUUCUGGCAGCGGCUGUACAACACCUACUUCUACCUGAGGCUCAUGUACCAGUGGUUCUUUGAAAUAGCUCCCAUGCAGGAGGAGAUCAUGCGGAAAUACGUCGGUCUGGAUCCCCGCCAGUGCACGAGACGGACAAGAACUUUAGCCUCCUGA